AUGAAUGUUGUUAUUACAAAAAUUGGCAUUUCGGUCACAAAGUCAGAUGGAGUUGGCUCUUUCCAACCAACCAAUACUGAUAGCGAUACCGCUACAUGCUAUUAUCGGCAAAUUGACAAAGAAGAAGACAAAGCUGUAUCAUGGUUAACAAAACUUGGACAGUCUUUAGCUAAAUGGCUACGCGAAAAUGGAGAUUAUAAAAUUAACAAAUCACAAGAAGUUUUACUCGAUUUUCCAGAGGGAUAUUUCCUUUACGAAUAUCUUAAAGUGUUAUCCGAUGGUACACAGAUAUCGGAUACCUAUUUGUUCGGCGCGCAUAAAUUUGAAUCGCCGAGUGAAUUCAUACCUCAUUUAAAAUGGCUAGUGUCAAAAGACUCACAGCAAUGUCAAUGCGUACAUUGUCCUCCAUCUCCAAAAGCGACAAAACCAACGUCAAGUGUUUCAACAUCUAAGCAAAAGGUAUCAAAAUCGUCGAGUAAAGCUACGGCUAUAAGAUCAUCCAAGCUUUCAUCGGAAUCUACACAUAAUCCGCAAGAAUCAGAAUCACUUCAAACAUCACGUUCCCUCUCGAAAUCACGGAUGUUAAAACCUAGCGGAGAUGGAGAAUCAUCCAAAGAUUCAUCCAAAGAUCCAUCAACAAGAGGACGUAAAAAGGACGAUCGUCCAAAAGCCAAAUACGCUGAGUAUCGUACUGGGGAAAUAGUCUGGGUCAUUCUUGCAAAAACUGGUGAUGCCAUUCUCAUUGACAAAUUUAAAGAUUUAAUUGUCGGAGACUCACCGAUUACAAAUUGGCCGGGUGUUAUUUACUCUCGCGGAAAAGUCGCGCCAGAUAUAGAUAUUGUAAAAUUCACAGUCAAAUUGGUCGUACUAAAUACAGAAGUUUCUAUUAGACGGACAGGAUUGAUACCUUGGAAAGCUUACAAUCCUGUGAUCCCGGAAUCAUUCUUUGAAAGUGUAAUAGGAAAUAACUUGAACGAACAAAUGGAGCCUGAAAUUGACAUAAAUAUUCAAAAUUACGUCCGGGCAGUACACCGUGCUAAUGAAGCGGCGCAAACAUAUUCACCAAUGAAGAUGUUCAAGUACGUGGAAAAUAAUGCGCGUCUAAAAUCAGUUCAAGAUCCAGACGAAAGACAAAGGCUCAUUGACAUGGAAAAAUAUCCACACUAUGAGGCUUUUAUGUAUGGUGCUGAAAUGAUUAGACCAGGUGAUCUGGUACGAUUAGUGCCUGAAAAUUCUAUGGAUCUUGAUGCCGAACCUGAAUACCCAGAAUUUCUCGAAAUCCGAACAAUUUAUCGACAUCCAGAGAAGGGAAUGCAAUUCACAGGCAACAUUCUACAGCGUGGAGAACUUUUAAAUAAAACGGGUCCGGUAAAGUUAGAAGAUUAUAAAUGGUGGAUAUCUCAUGACAUUGCUGAAGAAUAUACUAUAGAUCUUGAAGAUAUUGCGGGUCGAUUUUAUUUAAUGAUGCCGCAUUUAACAGCCCGCACUACAGCUCGUGUUUUUAAAAAGUUAAAUGAUCGAAUGGAAAUCAUUGAAUCUGGGUCAGAAUUAGAAAAAUCACAAGAAAUUUCUCCUAGCAUUGCUCCUACUAAAAGAAACAUGGCUAAACUGAGUACACGUAUUGAUAAUUCCGAUGAGUCAACCUCUUCACCAAAAAGGCAAAAGAAAUAUAUUGUCAAAAUUCAAAAAAAGACUGCUGUUAAGAAAACAAAGAAAACCAAGGAAUUAACAAGUUCCUAA